AUGUCCGGACGUGGAAAGGGAGGAAAAGGCCUUGGAAAAGGAGGAGCCAAGCGUCAUCGCAAAGUGCUUCGUGAUAACAUCCAAGGUAUCACCAAGCCGGCAAUUCGUCGUCUCGCCAGAAGAGGUGGAGUCAAGAGAAUCUCUGGACUCAUCUACGAGGAAACCCGUGGAGUCCUCAAGGUGUUCCUUGAGAAUGUGAUCCGUGAUGCCGUCACAUACUGCGAGCACGCCAAGAGAAAGACCGUCACUGCCAUGGAUGUUGUCUAUGCCUUGAAGCGUCAAGGAAGAACCCUGUACGGAUUCGGAGGAUAA